GUCUGCCUGUUGGUUCUCUCCACAACACAACACACCAAUCAUGGGAUGAAACAAGGCAUUUCUGCCUGCAAUCAGGCUUUCCGCGACGACUGCCUGAAGUUUUCUCGCUGCGUAAAGUGCUUCACCUUUUGGAAACCCUUACUUUUGCUCUCCUUCAUGUCGCGCGUCUACGACAGAACAAAAAUCUCGAUCCUAACACUGCUUAACGGCCUUCGCUUUCAUCCUUGUCUAACAAACCUCUCUGCGAGCCCGUUGGGACUCACUCGACAUGAGGGCGUCUUCCAGCGAUUUCGCUUCUACCACGGCAUUUGAAUACGCCAUCAACCAUGUAUUCCUGCCCCCCCGGACUCCUCAAAAGGAUGACACGAAUAUCAUCGAGGAACACGGCCUCAUCGAGUCCUUGCUUGUAUCGACCAACGAGCUGUCUCGAAUAUGCCAGAGGUCAGAAUCACAUCAGCUGAGGCCGAUUACUCGCAUGCUCAAGCGGCUCUUGAGUGUCGAGCCUGGAAUGGAUAGCGAUACCAAGAGGAAGACCAUGAAGGAGGUCAUUUCGGAGCUGCAGGAUGGCGAAUAUGCAGUAUUCCACAUCCGCGCUCAGAAUGCCGGUCUUCUCUUGACAGGCCGGCGGAAUGAUAUUCUUGUCGAAGCCUUUGAGCUUUUGGCACCGAACAAGGACGUCAUGACUUGCCGGGGCCGCCUCAUUCGCGAGUUUCCCGACUGUGCCGCCUCGGUAAAUCGCGCCGUCAUGUUCGAUGGCGACUUCCUGGACGACUUUGUCGACCUGCUCCGUCAGCUGGAGCUCCAGGCGUCCCCUCUCGCCCACCAAAAGACGAGGAAAUCGGGUCGCAAUUUCGACGAAGAACGCGACACGGACUCUCCGUUUCUUGUCACAGAUAUGGUAAUGGGCACACUCGCGGGGCUAGGCCGGAGUGCAGAGCCCCAGCGCAUUGUCAAGAGGAGUCGGGAGCAAGUAAACUGGGACAGCGCACUUCUGGCCUUCCACAGAUCGCCAACAUGGUUGCUCCUGCGAGUGGCCACGCGCUUGGUGUUGGACCGCAAUGCAGCGCGGGACAGACACGAGUCGCUCUACAAGACGCUCAUAACGUUCCAUCACGGAUUAUUGCUGCGGCAGGCAACGCAGCACGAACUCGGGAGCGAUCUUCGAUUCACCAUGGCGGCCAAGCUUUGCCGGCGACUGGCAAAGCUGGACCCGCGGCACAAUGUCCCCUGGGUUCAGGAGCUCAGCGAAAUUAUCGCCGAAAACACUGGUGCACUUCAACACCGAUGGGAAGAGGCACAGACGGGUUGUAAUGCCGGUAACUUCAGCCCGGCAUCUCUCGAACAGCUCUGCUUCGAGGCAGACACGAACUUGCAGCUCCAGACCUCCCUGGGCCCACACCUAUCGUGGAUUCAGACACGAUCCUUGGAUGACCAGAGCGCCGCUGGACCUGGCGACAACACCUGGUUCUCUAUUUUUCCCGCAUCUAAACUUCCUUCCUUCCAGGAACUUGCGGAAGAGGAGGAAAAGUAUUCCCUGCUCGAGUUGGAAUCGUGGAUUGAAUCAAACCUAUCCUCGUGGGUGACUGAAUGCCUGUGCGACUUUCAUCGCACCAGCAACAGCAGCAGCAGCCUGAGCCGCACAAAGGUUGGGGUCAAACUUCGAAAACUCAACAGUCUCAUAAUCAAGUACUACACAAAGGGAAAGGAAGCCUACAAAGGCAAUCCAGAAGCUCUUUCUCUCAUGCACCUCAAUCUGAUGAGUCUCUGGGUCGCCACGGACAAAAUCGCCGGGGCAGCAGCUCCCCUACUUCUGGAGUUCGAUCCGGGUUUCCCACCAGACCUUCUUCAACCAUUACUCCUACCGACCCGGCUCGAGAUGGCUCGACUCCAUGAGAUUGAGACCUACCUCUCUCGCCGGAGGAAGGAGGCCCGCAAUGGUUACCCCCAGGUGUUUGCGCAUUUUGGGACGCCAAAGUCGUUUGCAGUUCGCUACUUCGACUCGUCUGCAGAACAGAAAGAACUCUUGAGCCACAUCCAGGCCGAAUCCGAGAGGGCUGCGGCCGGGAGACAGCAAGAAUACCGAGACAUGCGGAGAACUUGGGAAGCUCUGAAUACAGAGCUCGGAUCGUCCUCGCACCAGAAGGUGUGGAACAGCAAAAGGAAGAGCGAGAUCUGCAAGUCAACUUGCAAGGCGUGCCGGUUGGGGAGUCGGAUUAAGGGGCUCAGGAUUAACCUCUUCGAGUGGCCCUUACCAAGCGGUGAUGUGAAUCUAGCCAAGGCCAUCGUCUUUGAGAUAUCUGUUCCGGAAGUGGUCGCCAUCUGGCGGGACGUGACCACCAAACUCCUCUGCGAGGUGUUCCGAACCGGUGGAACGCUGGGAACCGUGGGAAAGCUCUGGAGUGCAUCCGAACAUCUCGGUCUCGCCAGGUUUGUUACGGCCACAAGCAGGGUCCAAGUGGCGUCAACAGUCAAGCCUGUUAAAGCUUCGCAUUACCACGCCAAGCACAUCAGCGGGAUCACUGAUCCGGAAGAUGUCGUUGUGCGCCCCUCAUGGCGGCAUUACGAUUAUUACGAACCCACCUCCCGGAUACAUCACUCUGAGAUGUUCAAGAACCUGAGUCUCCCUACGCAGUGCUCAUUUGCCGAGCACCAGAGAGGACGUCUCCUCGGUUCGUGGACUCGAUCCACUGGCCACACCUCCAAUGAAGUCAUUGCCGCGCAGUCACAGUGUCCUUCGGACAUGUCCCUAGACGAGUUCCGCGCAUUCGGCCAUCUGCGGUCCGGUCAUCAUCUGCAGUGGGCCAACGUCCUUUGCCAGCUGAGAGUCCCGUCUCUGAACUGGAAUCACGAGUCGACGUACUGGCUAGUCCUGCAGGCGUGUCUCGAGGCAGGGCCCCCUGAUCAUUCGGACUGUCUUCGUCGGGAAGCACAUGCGGAUCUCGGAAACGGCGUUUUUGUCCGCUGCAUGACGGACGCGUUGGAUACGGCGCUCGAUCGGUACCGGGAAAACUGGCAAAACAACGUUGCCGUCAGCCUCUUAGCGUGCCUCGGAACGCGGGUUCUGUCGUUGACGAGCGAAAAUUACAAGGACGCGGAUGAUGAGGAAGACAAGGAGGACGACAAGGAAGAUUCCAAGGGAAAGAAGGAGACCGAGAGCAACAUCGGCAACAAAGAGCACAAGGAACCGUCGCCGCCUUCACUUAUUGACCCCCUGCUGGCAUUUCUAUCUCGGGUCAGGGAGGCGACGAUUUGUUGGGCCAGACAACUUCUCGAGCGACGAGCGAGCUGCACCCUGGAGGAUGAGCAGAAGAGCUUGGAUAAGCGGAUCUUGAUGGCUGCCUUGACUUGCAUGUCCACCUUCGACAUCGAGACAAAUCUGUUGCGAGUCAUCCUACAGUCCACAAACUUCCUUAGCAUCUUCGUUGAGGCAACAAUUCUUGCCCACGACUAUACGCCGCCUACGGAAUCCGUCUCCGACCCCAUUCUGCUCAUGCUGUUACACCGAUGGCGCAGGACGAUGCACAGGUCGCGCGAGAUCAUCAUGACAGAGGUUGUCACGAACACCAACAUCGGCUUCCACCGGGCCAUCCACCGGUUUUGGGCUGACUAUCCUCCGUCAACCAGGCAAUGGUCGACCCUUCCGGGAAAGCAGAGUCACAUCCUGCGUACCGUGAUGGGUACCGGUACCGGGAAUGACAAAGCUAUUGAUAUAACAUUCAACUCUCUGGACGGCCGACUGCUCGUCGCAGGAUAUCCGUUAUCCCGUCUGCCUCGCGAAUACACAUCAACGCCUGCCUAUAAAGAACUCUUCGGUUCUCAGGUUCUGGAAGUCAUGCCAUCAACUCGACAAGGCAUGUUCUUCUCCAUGUGCCGUCAGCAGCACGGCUGGGUGGUGCAUCUCACAAUGGUCCGCUCCGAUCUCGUCAUACAGGCUGUGCAAACUGAGGGUAUAUUAAGCUCCAUCAAGCCUGGCGCAGGCCCUAGAGUGUGCGAGUUCAUCCCGUUUGAGAGGCUGAAGGGCGACGUCCCCGCAUCUUUCGUUCGGAACUACUCGCACUGGCUGGAUCUUGCCACAGGAGUCAUUGAAUUCCGACCUCGAGAUCAGCCCUGGGAAUCGUCAGAGGAUAACUGGACUCUGACCCGAGAUGGCAGCAGCAACAUCCUCUCGCGUGGCGGGUGCGCCGUGCUUGAUCCCCACAGCCCAACCGCCGAGGCGCUCUUCGCCCGCCUGAAGCCCAUCGAGACGAGAGAGCACUUGGACAUGAUAUUUCACCCGGACGACCACGUCUUGGUUGUGGACCUACCGAGGUUUUCCAUCUCCUUCAGCCUCGCAGAAGGUGGCGCCGUCAUCAAGUCGAAACACUAUUCAGGCAUGUGUAUCGACGAUGAUCAGAACAUCGGAACCUUCUUCGGCCUUGAGAACAAGCUUGUCCUCCGGCAGGAAGAGAACGAUUCGGAGCACUGUGCGCCACGGAGAAUCGUGCUUGUGCCGCGUGGGUCGCCAACCUCCGAAAUAGUCUCAAACCACGUCAGCGUUCGCGUUAAUGUUCCGGGUGGACUCCGCGUCAAGCACGACGCUUUUAGGAUCGACACGACACUCGGCCGCAUAGCGAGCAGCACAUCACUCGCUAGCAAGCUAUACCUGUGCUACCUACACGCGCUGACGUCCCACUGUCUUCCUGACCCGCUAACCGGCCGUACCGGAACAGAAGAAGCUCUGAGAAUCCUGCGGUCCGCCUCUGUUCGAUCGUUCGAGCGGUUGGACCUAGAGUCCUACCACCUGCUCUGUGACAUUGCGAGAAUAUCCCCACGGAGGCUCUUCUAUCCCGAGCACUUGACCGUCAUGGAGCGGAUAACGUGGUCAGGCAAGCUGCCCGUCCUGUCUCAAAACGACGCCUUUUGGACACAGGUCGAGGACAUUCUCAGUCAUGCCCGAAACUGUGCGCUUCUGCAUCCGCAGGAUGAGGAGGGAUCCGACUCGUUCAAGAUUGAGUCUGUCGAGGGGUCCCGCCCUUUGCUGUUAGACAGAGCCAAGAUCAGAAACGCGACGUUCCAUGUCUCCGAGUUUGGCGCUGAAAUGCAUACCACGACCUUCGACAGCCGCUACGCUGGACGGCACCUGAAGCGAGGUUCCGAAGUCUACUCGAGAGUCAAGAUGGUGUCAAGGCGUCUGCUGUCGGGGAGGCAGGAACUUCUGGACCCGCUACCCUCCACGUUGCGCGAGGAUCUUCUUAAAGUCAUCGGCCCGCAAUUUCCGGGCCACCCCGAAGUCGACCUCAGAUUCAAGCUCGACUAUCUCCAACCUGCUUCCGAGUCCCUGUCAAAACUGUGGUGCGGCCUGCAUCGCAGGCUCACGGAGGAGCCGAACAAAUACCGCAUUGCCUUCUUUCUAUCCGCCCUAAUCUAUGCUGAAGAGUCGGACUGGGUCGUCGUCCAUGCACUCAUGGCGCUUGCGAUUGCUCCGAGCAGGUUCCAGGUGUUGGCGACACCGCCAAGAGAGCAGAGUUUUGAUCUCGGCUACGAUCUGUCCACAGUGCGACACAGGGUUGACCAAAUCAUCCGGAACUCCCUGUAUGAUUUCGGCCUAUGCCCCGAGACCCACCUUGCGAGGCUGAACUUCGAGUCCGACGAGCAGGUCGAGAAAAGGCGCUAUUGCAUCUGGAAAGAAAAUUCAGACAAGAUGGCAAGAAGCUUCAAAACCGAGCUCGAACUUCAGUGGUACCGGGGUUGGACUGUGACGACGCCUACCGGGAACAUGUACUCUUCUUACUUGGAUGUCGAUACCAUCAUGAGCAAGGUCUCGGAUGUUUUGGACCUUGCGCGACGUACGAGCUUGUUCGAGCAAUACCUGUUCGAUCUUGAGUGGGAACUUCGUGACAUGAGGGUGUCUCCAGGACAAGAGACUGAUCAAAACGAUUUCGCUUCAGACGACUCGGCUGUUAUUAUCCCGAGCCUGGAACCACAACAGGCUGGCCGGUCAGCAUAUGUGUCCUCUGAUAUGUUGUUUUCCAGAUCGGCUCCUUCGACGAGCCGUCCGCGACUUGUGGAUUUCACGUAUCUCUGCGGCCAUGCCGUGCACGCCGCCGGAGACAGAGGGCCUCUGGCAGGGCUCUUCGAGCGCCUCUCCCGAAUCGCGGGCGACAGGCCUUACCAGACUGAUUACCUGAUGGAACUCGAAUCCGGUUCCAUCAGCACGGCCAGGCCGACUCUUCAACUAAAGCAAUGCGUUGAUGACUUAAGGAGUAUCUUUGAGGUGCAUCUCUGCGAAUGCAAGCAAACAGUGGAGGAGAUACGUGGUGCGAUCGAGGAGACCCUGAGUCCUCGGUCAAUCGUCGACGCAACACUCCGAACGGCCAGCCUAUACCCGCGCAUUUCGCCCAUAUUUCUGCUCCGGCGUCUCACCCGAGACUUCUGGGCCGACCUCUCCGAAGGCUGGCGGGAAUGCCUCGCUAACUACGCCCUGUCGUUAUCGUACCUACAGCGGGCACAGCGCCUCGUCAACGCGAGCAGUGAUCCCUCGAAGCGAACAGAGCUUCUCAGGGAGAUUCAAAGCACGGGGACUCAUGAAUCGGACGACGGGGACACGUUGCUCUUUCCCGAGAACCUCCUCCUUGAGCUCGAGCAAGGGAUCUUGAUCCGUCCCGUCCAGCAAAGCGUCGCGGCCAAGAUGCGGGAUCCUCCGGGCGGGAGGAACUCUGUCAUGCAAUUGAACAUGGGUGAAGGCAAAUCAUCCGUCAUCGUCCCGCUUGUUGCGGCAUCGCUGGCAGACGGAGAGCGUCUAGUCCGCGUCGUGGUCGCGAAGCCACAGUCCAAACAGAUGCAACACAGCAUGAUCGGUGCCCUCGGCGGACUCAUCAAUCGCCGAGUCUUUUAUCUCCCAUUUUCAAGAGCGCUGCAAAUCCAGAGCGAUGGUCUCGAGGUUAUUCGCGGGAUGCUCGAGACCUGCCGAAAAGAGGGCGGAGUUCUGUUGGUCCAGCCGGAGCACCUUUUGUCCUUCAAGCUCAUGGGCCUGGAAAGCAUCUACGCUCGACCAGGGAGCAUCGGACAGGAGAUUCUCCAGACCUACCGCGAGUUCGAGGCCGUAUCGAGGGAUAUUGUUGACGAAAGUGACGAGAACUUCAGCGUCAAGUUUGAGCUGAUAUACACGAUGGGCGCCCAACAACCGAUUGACAUGAGCCCGGAACGCUGGACGAUGAUCCAGGAGCUGAUGGACAUUGUUCUCGACGUCUCCAGGGAGCUGACCAGCGGACCAGGGAGAAUCAGAGGACUGCUGCUUGAGGAACAUGAUAAUAAUACCGCCGGGAGCCGCUUCCCGACGAUCCGUGUCCUGGAGGACUCGGCUGGGAAGGUUCUGGUCGAGACCAUCGCCGAGCGGAUCUGUCGCAUCGGGCUCAAGGGGUUUCCAAUCCACCAUCAGACAAAGCGGAUGCGACAGGCUGUGCUGGAGUACGUCCUCCAGCCAAACCUCACCCCUGAACAGAUUGCCGCGGUUGAAGACGCCGAGAGCGGGUUGUUUAGCGAGCCAAGCUCGAGGAACGCACUUCUUUUGCUCCGAGGCCUACUUGCCUCCAACGUCAUCCUGUUUGCCCUGGGCCAGAAGCGGUUCCGCGUCAACUACGGCCUUGCUCCCGACCGGCGACCAGCCACCAUGUUGGCUCUUCCCUACCGGGCCAAGGACUCGCCAGCUCCACGUUCCGAGUUUAGCCAUCCGGACGUUGUCAUCGUCUUGACGUGUCUAAGCUACUAUUAUCAAGGCCUCUCAAGUAAACAGCUGCGCAGCUGUCUAGAGAUCCUGAGCAAGUCCGAUCAGGCAGAGCAAGAGUACAGCCGAUGGGCCGCAAAAUCUCCAGACCUCCCGUCGUCCCUGGGCCACUUCUCGGGGGUCAACCUGCAGGACGGCACACUCUACAAGGAGAGCGUAUUCCCUGCUCUGCGCUACACGAAGCCGGCCAUUGACUUCUUUCUUUCCACGGUCGUCUUUCCCAGAGAGAUGCGGGAGUUCCCCUUCAAACUCUCAGCCUCCGGAUGGGACCUCGGAAAGACAAAACGGGACCCUCUCACAGGAUUUAGCGGAACCACGGACUCAAAGUACGUCCUUCCGCUCUCGGUGACGGCACUCGAUCUUGAAGAGCAGCGACACACCAACUCCGCGGUCCUCGCCUGCCUCUUGCGAGACGAAAACACGGUAUUGGAACUCGGCGGGGAUGAAGCAGACGUCUCUGCCUUGACGGUGGACGUGCUGCUCGACGCGGUGACCACUUCGCGUCAACCGAUGAGGGUCAUCCUCGACGUUGGGGCGCAGAUCAUCGAGCUCAGCAACCUGGAGGUCGCCCAGCGCUGGCUCGAGUUGGUCCCCGAGCAAGACGCCGAUGCAGUCAUAUUCUUCAACGACCACGAUGAGCUAUCUGUUUUGACGCGCGACGGAUCAGUGGACCUGUUCAUCACAUCGCCCUUUGCGACACAGACGGACAGGUGCCUCGUAUUCCUGGAUCAGGCGCAUACCAGGGGCACCGAUCUGAGGUUGCCCGACUCGUAUCGUGCUGCGGUUACGCUGGGGCCCAACCUCACCAAAGACAUGCUCGUGCAAGCUUGCAUGAGAAUGCGCAAACUCGGAGCUGGCCAGUCAGUUACCUUUUGCGUCUCGCCCGAGAUGCAGAAACGGGUUCGUGGCCUGGCGCACCUGGAGGAUUCCCUCCCGCUCACGGUCACCGACGUUCUCGUGUGCGCCAUCGCCGAGACCUGGGACGAUGCAUCUCGAAGUCUGCCGUUGUGGGCGACUCAAGGCCUCCGGCAUCAACACCAGGAACUCGUCUGGGAGCGAGCAGAAGAUACCGGCGAGUUGUCCAUGAAUGACGUUGUAGAUUACAUGGAAGACGAAGCACAGUCUUUGGGAGAGAGAUACCGACCCAUCUCCCACGGCAGCGGAACCAAUUCUCAGGGCCUGACUUCCAAGCUCAUCGAAGCCAGCAAGCUAGAGGCCCGACGGGACCAAGUGAGCCAGAUCAGGGCCAAAUGCCUGUCUUUCGGGCUCGCCAAUCUGGAUGCGAUGGGAUCUCUCCAGGAAGAACAAGAGCGCGAGCUCGCCCCCGAAGUGGAGCGUGAGCGACAGGUCGAGGGGCCGCCGCCGCGCAGCCCGGCAGCUCACGCACUGCACCCCGACGUCAAACUCUUUGCGACCUCGGGCAUCCUCAUCGCGAACAGCCCGGCGUUCCGCCCUGCCUUCCACACCCUCGCCUCCACCAGCGCAGCGAAACACUUCCCGGUUGAGCGAUUCCCAAGCGACCUGCUCGCCACGGCGGACUUUGCCCGCACUGUUCAGGCCGGGGAAGAUGCCUCGUCCUUCGACGCGUACCAGCGCCCGGUGCAGUGGCUCCUGACCACCAACCCCACUAAUAAGCAGGCACUCAAAGCCUCGCGCCGACAGAAGAAGACGAAGGCGGCCUCGACGCCGCGCUACGGCAUGCACAUGGUGCUGGUGAGCUCAUGGGAGGCGAACGUGCUCAAGAAGGUCCUGGAAGCCGAAGCAGCAGCAGCAGCAGCAGCAGCAAUAGCAGGGGGGACAGGGACACCAGCGGGUGCGCCGCCCGUACUGCUGCGCGCCUACCUCCCUCGGACCAGCCUCUCGUUCGAGUCUCUGGAGGACCUGACGGCGUACACGGUCCCCGCGCACGCGGCAACGGCAACGGCAACGACAACGACGACGCCGCCGCAGCCGCCCAAGGAGCUGAUCACCCAGCUGAAUCUGUUCGCCGGCCAGCUGUACCUGCGCACGUACGACGACUACGUGCGCCUCUGUCGGUACCUGGGCCUGUCGUACCGCGAGAACGAGGGCGAGACGGACAUCGCGGCGGACGGGUUCGUCGGGAGAGGCGGCGGCGGCGGCGGCGACGAUGGGAAGGAGGGGGGCGAGUACGAGGCGUGCGCGUUCGAGCAGAGCCCGGUCGGGUUCCUAGGCGUGCUGUUCCGGCGGAUCCGGAGGGACUGCCUCGAUAUCGAAAAGACCCACAUGGGGAGGGUGUUGUCGGGCGAGAUUCUGACAGGGAAGGAUUUUGGGGAGGGCGGGUCGGAUGUGAGAUUGAACCGGCAUAUCAAGUCUGAACCCGAUGUGUAGAGACGAAAGGGGAUACUGUACCGGAGAGGAGGAAGGGUAUGCGGUGAGGAGGAUCAAGCUCGUUAAUCCCCGUCGAAAAUAGAGAUGGGGAAUCGUGAACUAGGAUGGGGAGGUGUGAAUGGUCAUGUUGAGAUAUUUGUAUGUGCAGCACCUCAUAAUUAGAUGCCCCCAGACAAGAUUGUGUGGUUUCCAGACAGUUUGACUUGCAAAAGGCUACCGUAAUUAUCCCC